GGGUUACGUCUCGACUACUAUUCAACCCCUCGGUCGAGAGCAUUCGAGAGGCCCGACCGGCGCCUCUCUUAAGGCCGCAGACUCUUGGGGAGCAGAUGAGGGGAUAAAGCCAUGGUCACCUUGCGCCCGCCUCCCCACCUUCCCAGAAUCGCUGCCGUGUCCUCUUCCCACUCCGACCCUUCCAGGGCCGCGGGCGAGAUCAAGCGCCUCGUCCUCACCAGCGAGGGCCGGACCAAGCUCAACACCGCCCCCGACCGGGACUUCUACGCCUUCCCCCGCUUCGUGACCCACGUCGACGCCGCCUUCAUCUCCGCUCUGACGGGGCUCUACCGGGAGCGCCUGGCGCCGGGGUGGGCGGUGCUGGACCUCAUGAGCUCCUGGGUGAGCCACCUGCCGCAGGAGGUAGCGUACGAGCGAGUGGUCGGCCACGGGCUCAACGCCCGGGAGCUGGCCAGGAACCCCAGGCUUGACUAUUUCUUCGUCAAGGACCUCAACCGUGACCAGGAGCUCCAGUUCGAGGAUUGCAGUUUCCAUGCGGUGGUGUGCGCCGUCAGCGUUCAGUACCUGCAGUGGCCGGAGAAGGUAUUUGCCGAGGUUUUUAGGGUUCUCAAACCAGGUGGGGUGUUCAUCGUAAGCUUCAGCAAUCGUCUAUUUUAUGAGAAAGCAAUCAGUGCAUGGAGGGAUGGGAGUGAUUACAGCCGAGUCCAAUUGGUUGUGCAGUACUUCCAAUCUGUGGAUGGAUUUACACAGCCUGAGAUAGUCAAGAAUGUACCACCAAAGGCUGAUGCUUCACUUCUUAGUGGAAUGAUGAGAUUGAUUGGGUUAUAUAGGACGGAUCCCUUCUAUGCAGUGAUUGCGUAUAGAAAUUUCAAGCCAGUGUAUGAAGAAGCCGAAUGAAAAUUCCUAGUAAUAUAAUGGUCCUCGUUGUAUUCUA